AUGGAUCAAAUUGGACAUAACAAGAAGAUACAAAUAUCCAAAAGUGACUUGCAAUACAUUCAUACCAAUUUACUAAAUCGAAUACAUGCAAGACUAAAUGUUAUCCUCCCACAAUCAUCCACCACCACAACAAUAGACCCAUUGAAAACAGAAGUCAGUAACCUAUUACAAAAAUUCCUUCUAAAUUCCCUCGACAAAGCCAACAACAGUCUCCUAAUCGAUGGAAGACAAGUUCAUUCAUUAUCCAAAACACUAUCAUCCAAUACACCUGAAAACAUUGAACCAUUUAAUAAUGAGUUAAAUAAACAAUUAAGAAAAGUAGUUAGAGAUGUCGAAAAGGAAACUAUAACAGUAUCAAAAAUGAGAAAAGAGUAUCCUAAAUUGAUAAGAAAGGGAUAUAAACAAGUAGCAGAAUCUACCGAUAUGAAAUUAACGAAGUAUUUACAAGAACAAGAGCUUAAACUCCAAGAACAAAAACAAAAACAGGAUAUUGAGGAAGAUAAUGAUGAUGAUGAGGUUGAUUAUGAGGAAUUGAAAGUUGAUUAUAUUGAGCAUGUGAAUAGGUUGGAUAGGGUGAAAGAUGGAUUACCUGGGCUAAAAGCUGAAUUUGAUCAGAUUGAUCAGACGAUUUCGUUUCUUGAUUCGGAAUAUGAGAAAUCUAAAGAACUGAGGAAUAAGAGAAGGAAAACGAGUAGUUGA